GUGUGGGGGGGUGGUGGUUCAGGGUCCCUCUUGAGGGGGCCGAGGGGUGGCCCAGGGUCCCUCAGGGUGAUGGCGGUGCUAUGCCGAGCCCCCUGUGCCCCACUGAGCUUCCCCCCGCUGACCCACCUUCUGUCCCCUCCGCAGAUGCCGAUUACGCCGAGGCUGCCUCCCUGCCGGACCUGGACCUUCUGCAUGACCCCGAGGACGAGCUGCUGUGCUCCAACCUGAUGGACCUGGUCCAGGCCACCCUGGGCAGAGCCCCGCUGGGGACCAAGCGCUGCUCCCGGCUCCUGAUGCCGGCCCAGCUCCUGGCGCAGGUGAGGACGGAGCUCCUGCGGCUGGCCUGCAGCGAGCCCUGCGGGCUGCGCGGGGCCCUCCUGGACCUCUGCGUGGAGCACGGCAAAGCCUGCCACGACGUGGGGCACAUCGCCGUGGACCCGGCCGUGGUGCCCACCUUCCAGCUCACCCUGGUGCUCCGGCUGGACUCCCGCCUCUGGCCCAAGAUCCAGGGACUCUUCACUUCGGGGCCGGCCUUCGCGCCGCUGAAGCUGAGCACGGGCUUCAGGGUGAUCAAGAAGAAGCUGUACAGCUCUGAGCAGCUGCUCAUCGAGGAGUGCUGACGGCCCCCAGAGACUUCACCCAAGUGGCUUCGGAAGAGU